UGACGAAGCCUAAGCCCACGUCAGUGACCAGUCAGUGAGACCCCCCUUCCCCUUCCCGUGCGCUGACCAUCGAUGUCAGCAACGGCCGGAGCUGCCACACAAUGCGAGGCCAGUCCAGUUCCUUUCCAGAGGCAAAUGGUGAGGAGGGGAGAGGCUGAGAUGGACUGUUGCAAUGUUGACUACAUCUGCUUGCCUGUUUUGCAGAGCAUAGUGAGCUGGAGUUUGAGCAAAGGCUUCUUCCCACAGGUCUGCAAUGUAGAGACCACACCACACACGGGUAUCCACCCACCCCACCGGGAGGCAUGGCAUGCCUGCAGGAGGCAAAUGUGCCGUGCACGACGAUCAACGUGUGCCUGUACAUGAGAAGCCUGCCACUCAAGACCGAUUUGGAGAGCCUGUUCGACUCACAUCUGCUCCGAACACGAGGCUACGAAAGAAUGAGGUGCGUACGCCGCACCCAGUACACAACACCUGCUGCCGUUUGUCCACUCAUAGGUCUGUGCCUUUGGGAUGGCGCUGGCGCCAGGUGGAGGUGACGGUUCAAGACCACUUCACAGAGCACACCGUCCAAUCGGCAGACGAUCUUCACAAGGCAAUCGAGGCACUCAUGGACCGGCCAUUCGACACGAGCCGCCCCCGGUGGGAGGUGCACCUCAUGGCUGCCGCAGACUCCUCCGAGGGAUCGUCGUCUUGCCUGCUGAUUCGCAUCGACCACUCCAUCGCUGACGGGCUGGGCAUCCUCAUGCUGCUCCACCGUUGUGGCUUUAUCAAGGCGGAGAACGGCCAAGUGCUGCCGCUGCCCGACCUCAUUGGUAUCAGGAGAGACACUCGAGCACCAUCCAUCGACGCCGCAGACGGAGAUGCUCACGAGAGCGAGGUGACAGAGGCGAAAGAGGCAACAGAGGCGUCAGAGGUGUCGGGAGACGACAGCAGGUGGACCAAAGUGGAGCCGCUUGCACCGGGGCUGGUGACCGGCAGAAUGAAACGCACGUGGGUGGAGUGGGCGAUGGGCGUCUUCCAGUUCUCCAAAGCUGUGGUGGCCGCUCUUGGCGACUCGAUGGGUCGGUUCGACAGCGACUUUUACUUCAAUGGGUCGCUGGAUCGGAGGAAGAAUCUCAAGUAUGGGCGGCGAAAGGUAGGCGACCUUGCCCGAUCACACACCGGAACAUGGACACACCAAUCGACGCCUCUGUCACUUACUUCACACGCUGUGGUGUGCUGUCUGGGUUGAUCGAUGCGUAUGUCAUGCAGUUGGUUACGUUUCCCCCUUUGCGACUGUCGUACCUGAAAGCCGUCAAGAGUGCCGUGGGCGGCGUGUCCCUCACGGAUGUGCUGCUGACUAUCCUCACUGGCGCGCUGAGGCGGUGUGUGACUGAAAUGCAGGACAGCAAGGCGAAAAUUGGCACAUCUUUGGGUGGCCGGCUGGGCUGGGUGGUGGAUAGGUAUGGUAGUCUUGUGGGCGACCCCCUGACGCAGUCUGAGGACGGCACAACCCUCCUUCGGUCCCUCACCGCCAUGGUCUUGCCAAGGUAGCAGUCAACUCGUACAUGUUUGCUGAUUUGAUUCUCACUCGCUGUCUGUCUGUCUGUCUGUCUAUGUGUGUCUAUGUGUGUGCCUGGCGCAAUGUUGUAAACUUCAGGUCCUUGGACGAGGAUGUGCCGGCCGACCGGGUGCUGCGGAAUGGGUUUGUACUCGUGUCGACACAGCUGCCCAUACACAUUGCGGACCCCAAGGACAGGCUCAGACAAAUGGCACAGGUGACUCACACACACAACGCCCACCACGUAACGCUCCAACUCUGUCCGCGUUUGGAAUUAAUGUUAACUGGGUGCAGACGACAGCCCGGCUGAAGACUCGUCAUCAGCAGAUGGCAACGUACACUCUCAUGGCGACGGUCGGCCCCGUGGCGCCCUGGUGGUUCACCAGCAAAACGUGUCUCGACCUCUUCUCGCGCCAUUCCCUGGUGGUGUCCAACGUCCCUGGGCCAAAAGAGCUGUGCACCUUCUGCGACAAGCCUGUCCAUGAUGUGCAGGUGAGAGGGCGGGGGCCGGGAAGACGACCAUGCACAGCGACCCAUUGUGUGAUUGCAGGUGGUGUACCCCAAUCUGGUGCCCCAGCUGAUGUUUGUGAGCUAUGCCGGCCGCUUGCGCACAAAUUUUGUGAUCGACCCGGACCUGUGGCCGCAGCAUCACCAGCUGGGUUCCUUUAUCGUGGCUGAGGCGCUGGAGCUGGCCAAAAGUGUCGGAGUUACCCAGGGACACCCUUUAGAGGAUUGAAUGAGUGGUUGCGUAUGGUCUUGACGAUGGGUGUGGUUCGGUUGAGCUGCACGAUGGGUUUGAAUGGCCAUGUGGACGUGUGCAUCUCGUGAACCGGAUCUGGGGCCAUUAGGUGAGGUCACGUUUUGUGCGUGCGUCGUGUCCAUCUGCCUGCCUCCCUGCCUGCCUGCAUGGGGCAAGUAACGGACAAUUCACUGCUCGGUCUUACGUUACUCGGACUCUUAAGCCGUGAAAUUUACUACUGAGAUAUCAAUCGCGCAGUCUGAG